CAGAGUAAAUAGUGACGGCUAUAUGAGAUGAAGCAAGCAAGCAAUUUGUGAAGGCGUUGACCAGAAAAGUGUGAACUACAAAGUGUAGGAAUGAGGCAUAUACCUGCAGAUACGUGCGGUGAUUCUGGAUUCUUGAAGCCAUUCCUUGUAUUUUCUGGUGAUAGCUUAGUCUUCUUGUGCUAUAUAUAACAACACAACUCACCCUCUCUUCAUUCCCUACACAACACUCUCUCUCCUCCUUCCACCUAGCAGUGGUGACAACCAAACCAAGUGUCCCCUCCUUUCUCUUGUUAACAGGUAGCAGAGUUAGUGAGUAAUGGCAGGAGGACAACUAGGAGUGCUUAAUGCCCUCGAUGUGGCAAAAACACAAUGGUACCACUUCACUGCUAUUGUGAUAGCUGGAAUGGGAUUCUUCACUGAUGCCUAUGAUCUUUUCUGCAUUUCCCUUGUGACCAAGUUGUUGGGGAGGUUAUAUUACACAGACAUAACGAACCCGAAGCCUGGUGUUCUUCCUCCUAAUGUGCAAGCUGCUGUGACUGGUGUUGCUCUAUGUGGCACUUUAGCCGGCCAACUUUUCUUUGGAUGGCUUGGUGACAAGUUGGGAAGGAAAAGGGUUUAUGGCUUAACUCUUAUGCUUAUGGUUGUGUGUUCCGUUGCCUCAGGGCUCUCUUUUGGAGACACCCCCAAGGGUGUCAUGGCCACACUUUGUUUCUUCAGGUUCUGGCUUGGCUUUGGGAUUGGUGGUGACUACCCUCUAUCAGCUACAAUCAUGUCUGAAUAUGCCAACAAAAAGACUCGAGGGGCAUUCAUUGCUGCAGUGUUUGCAAUGCAGGGUUUUGGAAUCCUGGCUGGUGGAAUAGUUGCCUUGAUUGUGUCAUCUGCAUAUGACCACAAAUAUGAUCUUCCUAGUUACAAAGACAAUCCAGCAGGUUCGAAGGUGGAUUCGCUUGAUUACGUUUGGCGUAUCAUUUUGAUGUUUGGUGCAGUCCCAGCAGGGCUUACCUACUAUUGGCGAAUGAAAAUGCCAGAGACGGCUCGUUACACGGCCCUUGUAGCCAAGAAUGCAAAACAAGCUGCUUCAGACAUGUCUAAGGUGUUACAAGUUGAGGUUGAAGCUGAAGAGGAUAAGUUGCAGCACAUGGUUGAGAGUGAACACCAAAAGUAUGGCUUGUUCAGCAAGGAAUUCGCCAAACGCCACGGGCUGCACUUGGUUGGAACCACAGUUACUUGGUUCUUGUUGGACAUUGCCUUCUACAGCCAGAACCUUUUCCAAAAGGACAUUUUCAGUGCCAUUGGAUGGAUCCCUCCUGCACAAGACAUGAAUGCAAUCCAUGAAGUUUAUAGGAUUGCAAGAGCACAAACACUGAUAGCAUUGUGCAGCACCGUGCCAGGGUACUGGUUUACAGUGGCCUUUAUCGAUAUCAUGGGCCGUUUCGCCAUCCAAUUGAUGGGUUUCUUCUUCAUGACAGUCUUCAUGUUUGCUCUUGCUAUACCUUACAAUCAUUGGAAGAACCACAACAAUAUUGGCUUUGUUGUUAUGUACUCAUUCACAUUCUUCUUCUCCAACUUUGGUCCAAAUGCCACCACAUUUGUUGUGCCAGCAGAGAUUUUCCCAGCAAGGCUAAGAUCUACUUGUCAUGGAAUCUCAGCUGCUGCAGGAAAGGCAGGAGCUAUUGUUGGUGCAUUUGGGUUCUUGUAUGCUGCACAAAGUACGAACCCCGAUAAAGUUGAUCAUGGUUACCCAACUGGUAUUGGGGUUAAAAACUCCCUCAUUGUGCUUGGUGUGAUCAACUUCUUUGGAAUGGUAUUCACCUUGUUAGUGCCAGAAUCAAAGGGAAAAUCACUGGAAGAGUUGAGUGGGGAGAAUGAAGAUGAUGGUGCUGAGGCUAUAGAGAUGGCAGGGUCUGCUAGGACGGUUCCAGUUUAACCAAAGUCUAUGAUCAACAAAGUAGUUCAUAAUUCUAGUGAUGCUAUUAUUGUGUGACAAUAUUACUUCGGGUUUUCUACAGCUAGAUGCACAAUAAUGAUGUAGAUAUAUGUUUCUCGGUGCUGUAACUUUAAAAAUCAAUUAUAAAGGGUGUGUAUUUCAUUCUUGUUUUUAAUUAGAAGUGUUGUCUCAAUCAUACGUGUAUUUGAUAUCUGUAGCUAAAGGUAUUGAAGAAAAGUUUUGCCUCGAGUUCCUUUGUUUUAAA